AAGCGUCCUGGACUGUUCCUUUCUUCCCGAUCAGCCACAGCCUUUGUCAGGCUCGGGUUAUGUAUGACUUUGCUGCUGAACCUGGAAACAAUGAGCUGACAGUCAGCGAAGGGGAAAUCAUCACAGUUACAAACCCGAAUGUUGGUGGUGGAUGGCUGGAAGGAAGAAACAACAAAGGAGAACAAGGGCUUGUUCCUACAGACUAUGUGGAGAUUUUACCCAGUGAUGGAAAAGAUCCGUUUUCUUGUGGAAAUUCUGUGGCGGACCAAGCUUUCCUCGAUUCCCUCUCAGCAAGCACUGCUCAGGCCAACUCGUCUUCUGCCAAUAGCAACAGCCAGGUUGGUGGUGGCAAUGACCCUUGGUCAGCCUGGAACGCCCCCAAAUCUGGGAACUGGGACAGCUCAGAUGCCUGGGGCACCAGGACAGAUGGGGCUGGUGCCCAGAGAAACAGCACUAACAACUGGGAUGCUGCCUUCGGCCACCCGCAGGCCUACCAAGGACCAGCAACUGCAGACGACGAUGAGUGGGACGAAGAGUGGGAUGACCCCAAGUCCUCAUCCUCGUACUUUAAGGAUUCAGAAUCAGCUGAAGCAGGGGGACUCCAGCGGGGAAACAGCCGUCCAGGUGCUUCUUCCAUGAAGCUGCCCCUUAACAAAUUUCCUGGAUUUGCAAAGCCUGGCAUAGAACAGUACUUGUUGGCCAAGCAGCUAGCAAAACCCAAAGAGAAAAUCCCCAUCAUUGUUGGCGAUUAUGGCCCAAUGUGGGUCUAUCCUACCUCUACUUUUGACUGUGUGGUAGCGGAUCCCCGGAAAGGCUCCAAAAUGUACGGUCUGAAGAGCUACAUUGAGUACCAGCUAACACCCACUAACACUAAUCGAUCUGUAAACCACAGGUAUAAGCACUUUGACUGGUUGUAUGAGCGUCUCCUAGUCAAGUUUGGGUCUGCCAUUCCGAUCCCUUCUCUUCCAGACAAGCAGGUGACAGGUCGCUUUGAAGAGGAAUUUAUCAAGAUGCGCAUGGAGCGACUCCAGGCCUGGAUGACGAGGAUGUGUCGGCAUCCCGUGGUGUCGGAGAGCGAAGUUUUCCAGCAGUUCCUGAACUUCCGAGAUGAGAAGGAGUGGAAAACUGGAAAGAGGAAGGCUGAGAAAGAUGAGCUGGUGGGAGUUAUGAUAUUUUCCACAAUGGAACCAGAGGCUCCUGACUUGGACUUGAUAGAAAUAGAACAGAAGUGUGACGCUGUGGGGAAGUUCACCAAGGCCAUGGAUGAUGGUGUGAAGGAACUGCUCACCGUGGGGCAGGAGCAUUGGAAACGCUGCACAGGGCCCUUACCCAAGGAGUACCAGAAGAUCGGGAAGGCUCUGCAGAGUUUAGCCACAGUGUUCAGCUCCAGCGGUUACCAAGGUGAGACAGAUCUGAAUGACGCAAUAACAGAAGCUGGGAAGACGUAUGAGGAGAUCGCCAGCCUUGUGGCGGAGCAGCCAAAGAAGGACCUACACUUCCUGAUGGAGUGCAACCAUGAGUACAAAGGCUUUCUCGGCUGCUUCCCAGACAUCAUCGGAGCUCACAAGGGAGCAAUAGAAAAAGUGAAGGAAAGUGAUAAGCUGGUUGCAACCAGUAAAAUCACCCCCCAGGACAAGCAGGCGAUGGUGAAGCGAGUCGGCACCAUGUCGUAUGCUUUGCAAGCUGAGAUGAAUCACUUCCACAGUAACCGGAUCUACGAUUACAACAGCGUUAUCCGCCUCUACCUGGAGCAGCAAGUGCAGUUCUAUGAAACGAUCGCAGAAAAGCUGAGGCAGGCCCUCGGCCGCUUUCCGGUUAUGUAGACCUGGACGGAACACACAGCGAACUCCGAAGUGCUUCUUCUGACCUGAGCAAUGCAAUUCCAUUUAUUUCCCCUGUCAUAAGAGAGAGAAAGAAAGGAAGAAAACCAAAAAAGAAAUAAGUUGACAAAAACCUGUUUCUGCCAUUAGCCAGCCUAAAUGAAUAGUUACUUGGGGAUAGCCUUCUUUGGUUCAUUUCGACACGUAUUAGUUACCCAAUGGAAAAUGUCUAUUUUUGGAAAAUACUUAAAUUUAUCAAGAUUUUGAAUGGAGAAAUAGGGGUUGCUCCUCCUAAUAUUUUACAUAGAAUCGUAAUUUAUGCAUUACCCAUGAUCUUUCAAGUUCUUACCCAAUAUCAGAUAAUUAAUACUAAUUGCUUUCUUAAAAAUAAGAAAUAUGCCAGAAUAAAAAAAAUAUAUCUUUAUAUUUUUAUAACUCUUUCAGUCCUUUGGGGUUCCUGUCUGCUUAGAGAAGUCCGCACUCCCCCACUGGCAUAGCUUCAAUUCAAAUGCUCAGAGUAGGCGGGGAGGUAGGGAGGGUCCUACACCCUCCAGGUGCAUGGAGGGUAGGCCAGCACAGGUCCCAUUUGGUAGGGAGGGCGGGAGUAGACCCACCUGCCCACUACUGCCACAGGGUCGUUGUUCUGUGCUGCUCUCCAGGUCAGCACUGUCUUUGCACUCCCUCCUUGUUGGAGAAGAGUGAGUCAGGAAAGGCGAGGGGUCUGUCCCCGCUACCCCAGGUGGGUAGCCACACUGACUCCUAGGCCCAGGAGCUCCUGGGGAAGGGAUAGUGAGCCUCCUCAAGAGCACCCACCUCCACUCUCAUCCCCUCAGCUGUCUACCCGACGGUAGAGGAGGUGCUGGUGGUCUCCUGCUUUAGAGCAGCAGGCUGGUCAGUAUCCUCUCCGAGAUGAAACCUCCUGGAGAAUGGGAAGUCAGAGAACUGAAGUUGUGGCAGCUUGAAGGCUGUGGCAGAGCUGGUGGAGAGCAGAGCUCACAGUCUGUGCUGUGUCCCCACCUCCAGAGGCCGACAGCCCUGAGCACAAGUCUCCCCUGCAGACGGAGGCCCCUUCCACAGUUGCCUUACGACUGAUCCACUGCUUUCACUUUUCUGACCUGAUGAUCUUAUUAUAGAGGAUGAGAAGUCUGGGCCAACAUCAGUAAAGGAAACCAAAAAUAAGUAGCUGAGAAAAUCCAAUGAACAUGAAUAGGAGAACUUCUCGUUCCUCGAUAUCACGGGUUUUUGUUAAUGUUUUAUAGGUAAUUUUCCCCUACUUGAUUUUUCUUUUAUAAAAUUCCAUAGAACAGUGUUUAUGAUACAACCAUUUAAUAUAUGUACAAAUUGUAAAGAAUAUGUAUAAAUAUUUUACAUAAAUGUAAGAGGCAUGUAGAAGCCAACAUAUAAAUAAAUUGUUUAAAAAACU